AUAAUUAUGACGAAUAUUGGACAUUAUCUUGGAGUAUCAUUAAAAAAUGAAAUUAUAUUAUUAACAAUAUGUGGUAUGCUGUGUGCAAUGUUUGAUGAAUCAUUGAUGGAUUUAAAUUCAAAUUUACGUGAAAUAUGGAGUGUGGAAUUCUCACCAACACAUUUUACACCGCUUGCACAACGAACAUUAAAGUUUAUAAUAACUGGUAUUGUUGUAAUUCGAUCGUUUACGGUACACUUGUAUUUAGCGUUUUAUGUUGUGAUGAUAUGGCCUGCUGUUUUUGAAGAAAAAGCUGGUUUACUUUUGCCGUGGCUAGUAGUGGGUGGUAUAAAAAAUUUGUUGCUGGGAACUUUAUCCUUAGGUAUUGGAUUAUUUGUAUGCAUUAUUUCGGGAGGCUAUACACUUGCAUGUGGAAAGUUUUUAAUCAAACAAAUUACACGAUUAGGACCAUCCUGUUAUAUGUGGUUCACCGUACUUAGAUUUUAUAGAAUAUUAAAAGCAACAAGAAAAUUUGAGGAAAUAACAAAAUAUCAAGAUUCAAAAUACAAUUUUGAGAAAGCCUUACGACGACGUAAAGUACGAUCAAUGCGUAGUGUAUAUUCAUUACGUAAAAAUUUAUUAAAAGAAUAUUUACGAUCUGCUUCAAACUACGAAUAUCAAUUACCUGACGUAGAAAGCAGUACAUGUAUAUUCCCUAUAAUCGAAUCAAAAAAUUGCAAUAAUGCAAUCAGAUGUACACCGUUAAAAGUAUCACGAUCGUUGGAUGCAUUAUUAAGUAUGAUUGUAAGUUGUGCGCAAGGUGAUGAUGAACAAGAUUCCGAUGAAAUUGGUAUUGAUGAUUCUUUAACACCUGUUGAAAAAACAAAACGUUUAUUACGUUUGACGGAUAGUGAUAUUAACGCUGCAAAACAUAAUAAAGAAAUUCGUGAGGAUAUAUUUUGUGGAUUAAAUAAUAAUGCAGAUUUGUGUGCCCAAAUUGUUGCUGCUGCAACAUAUUGUCAUAAGUCAUCACAAUAUUGUUAUAAUUAUGUGUCAUUUGAAAAACCACAUGCUCGUAGAAAUUCUGAAAGGGAAUUACGUAGUAUUAAUAUGGACAUUCGUGAUUCAGAAAAUUUUAUGCCCGAGAAGGUUUUAUCAAGUACGAAUAAUUUAAGAAACGCAAAAAUUUAUCAACUAAUGCCUUAUAAUAAUAAAAAUAAUAAUGUUUAUGAAAAUUUAAUGAAACGUACAAAAUCAAUACAAAUUAAAAAAAAUAUGACUAUCACACAAACAUUAGAUAUUCUUCCGAAAAAUGCAGAUGCAGAGAUCAUUCCUAAUAACAUAUACAAUACAUCAAAAAGAUUUAAUAACAAACCGAGAAAAGGCAAACAAUAUAUGGAUAGCGAAUGUCAAGUGUCAACAUUAAGUGGUGAAUUUUUAGAAAAUAAAAAAAUGUGUGAAUUAUUAAAAUGUCUGACCUUACGAUCAAAUAAUCUUUUUAAUAAAGAACGAUUAAAUUCGAACAAUAAUGAAAUAAAAAGUUCAAUAAUUUCUAAAUCAAUGUUACAACAAUAUAAUGAUAAUAAUAAUAACACCAUGAAUAAUAAAAGUAAUUGUUAA